GGCCACCGUGACCCCAAUUUUGGAUUUACCGCUGGGGGGGUGGGGGGAACCUGGAUUUAAUUGGCGGCUGUUUUGGGGGACGCAAGACGCCAUGUUGUGGAAAAUAACCGAUAAUGUCAAGUAUGAAGAGGACUGCGAGGAUCGCCAGGACGGGAGCAGCAAUGGGAACCCGCGCCUCCCCCACCUCUCCUCGGCCGGGCAACAUCUCUACAGCCCCGCGCCGCCCCUCUCCCAUACCGGAGUCGCCGAGUACCAGCCACCACCCUACUUCCCACCUCCCUACCAGCCGCUGACUUAUUCCCAGUCGGCUGACCCCUACUCGCAUCUGGGAGAAGCGUACGCUGCCAUCAACCCCCUGCACCAGCCGGCGCCCGCCGGCAGUCAGCCGCAGGCCUGGCCCGGCCGCCAGAGCCAGGAGGCUGCUGGCUUGCCCUCGCCUCACGGGCGCCCGGCGGGUCUGCUACCCCAUCUCUCCGGGCUGGACGGCGGCGCCAUGAGCGCCCGCAGGGAUGGUUUCCGUCGCUCGGACCUGCUGCUACCCCACGCGCACGCCCUGGACGCAGCGGGGCUGGCGGAGAACCUGGGCCUUCAUGACAUGGGGCAACAGAUGGACGAGGUGCAGAUCGUGGAUGAGCAGCACCUGCUUCUACAUGAUCAGACUGUGAUUCGAAAAGGUCCCAUUUCAAUGACCAAGAACCCCUUGAGCCUCCCCUGUCAGAAGGAGCUGGUGGGGGCUGUGAUGAACCCCAGUGAGGUCUUCUGCUCCGUCCCUGGAAGAUUGUCCCUCCUGAGCUCCACAUCGAAAUACAAAGUGACAGUUGCCGAAGUCCAGAGGCGAUUGUCCCCGCCUGAGUGCUUAAAUGCCUCAUUACUGGGAGGUGUUCUCAGAAGAGCCAAGUCUAAAAAUGGAGGCCGGUCCUUGCGGGAGAAGCUGGACAAGAUUGGGCUGAACCUUCCAGCCGGCAGACGGAAGGCCGCACACGUCACCCUCCUCACGUCCUUAGUGGAAGGAGAGGCCGUUCACUUGGCUCGGGACUUCGCGUAUGUCUGUGAAGCUGAGUUUCCUAGUAAGCCGGUGGCCGAGUACUUAACUAGGCCUCAUCUCGGAGGACGGAAUGAGAUGGCCACGAGGAAGAACAUGCUGCUGGCCGCACAGCAAGUGUGUAAAGAAUUCACGGACCUUCUCAACCAAGACCGAACACCCAAUGGGAACAACCGGCCGGCCCCGGUCUUAGAGGCGAACAUUCAGAACCACCUGUCUCACUUCAGCCUGAUUACCCACGGGUUUGGCAGCCAGGCCAUCUGUGCCGCCGUGUCUGCUAUGCAGAACUACAUAAAAGAGGCUUUGGUCAUCAUAGAGAAAUCCUACAUGAAUCCUGGGGACCAGAGUCCAGCUGAUUCCAGCAAGACCUUGGAGAAGAUGGAGAAGCAUCGGAAAUAAAACAGGUGGAAACAAAGGGAAGAAGAGUCUGCAAGGGGAAAAAAAAUCUCCAAAACCACUCUCACCGGCACAGAUGGGGAAACUCCUCGGCCUGGGGGGACAAGCUGAGCUUUUACUUGCCUUCCAUUGAAAGGCCUGCUGGCCUCCCGGAGUUGGACCUGCCCUCUGGGAGUCCUUAGAAAUCUCUGGCGCUGAAGCGUCUCCUUAAGUCUGGACAAGUGAUCAGAAGGUGACAAGUACUGGCUCUCUAUUCAUGAAGCUUAUGUUUUAUUUUGAACCCCAUUCUUCCUGUCUCUGAAAGUGGUGCUACAAGUUUUCAAACCUUUUAAAUCCAUCCCCUGGGCUAACAAAACCCCCACAUGCUUAGCUGUUGAAAUGUCAAGUCUAUGUGAUUCAAAUCAAUAAUAACUUUCAGUGUUAAAGUCAUUGCUGGCUUCCUGCCCACUAAAUAUUUAUCUUUAGAAAAAAGUGUUUAUCUAGCAUCUUCAGAUAUCAAAUCCUGCAUUCAGUAGGAGGCAGACUCCGCUCAGCAACUAAUUAAUAGGUGGUAUUGAACACACUUAAAAAUCCCCUUGUUCAAAAGGGGCUUUUGGGUUUUACAAAACACGUAGAAACAAAGCCUGCUGAUUUUAUGUUGUUUUGUUUUUUGUUUAGCUGAAAAUUAACUCUUCAAAUGGGAGAUUCUUUGAAAUGACAUGUUCCUUUAAGGUACUGAAGCUUUAUUUGCAUAUUUAUUUCACAUCUUGGUGAUUCGAGUAAACUUGAAAAGGGUAGGCAUGAAGCGUUUUUUUUGCUGCCUGUCACCCCCCAGGUCCCAGAGGAGGCGCUGUUAUUUUGAGAAACGAUGUGUCUCGUGUACAGGUUUUAUUUAUGCAUAAUUUAAUCGGGUCUGUAAAUACGGGUGCACUUCUUAGUGACUUUUUGAGAAAUGGGGUUCCAUUUUAAUAACUUUUAAAGGUGAUGGGGUCAUCUAAAACACAUCUUUAGGUUUUAUUCAUAUGUACACAGGGUGUUACGAAUUAGGAUCCUGGGCUCUGUUCUAUUUAAUUGAAGCUCUCUGUUCACAAAGAGAUAACUUUGUGUCUCAUUCUUGUUGGGCUAAUCCCGAACAGGAGUGCGCGGUGCAGUGUAUGGGGUGCCAUGGAGAUUUGGAAUUGAACUCCAUGCCUGUAAAUGUCACACAUUAAAUUGUGUAUAUGAUUCCUGUACAAUAAAAAGUAUUCUCUAUAGAAGCUG